GGAGGGCGGGGAGGGGGGGCGGAGGAGGAGGAGGAGAGACGAGGGCAGCGGAGGAGGCGAGGAGCGCCGGGUACCGGGCCGGGGGAGCCGCGGGCUCUCGGGGAAGAGACGGAUGAUGAACAAGCUUUACAUCGGGAACCUGAGCCCCGCCGUCACCGCCGACGACCUCCGGCAGCUCUUCGGGGACAGGAAGCUGCCCCUGGCGGGACAGGUCCUGCUCAAGUCCGGCUACGCCUUCGUGGACUACCCCGACCAGAACUGGGCCAUCCGCGCCAUCGAGACCCUCUCGGGUAAAGUGGAAUUGCAUGGGAAAAUCAUGGAAGUUGAUUACUCAGUCUCUAAAAAGCUCAGGAGCAGGAAAAUUCAGAUCCGAAACAUCCCUCCUCACCUGCAGUGGGAGGUGCUGGAUGGACUUUUGGCUCAGUAUGGGACAGUGGAGAAUGUAGAACAAGUCAACACAGACACAGAAACCGCUGUUGUCAACGUCACAUAUGCAACAAGAGAAGAAGCAAAAAUAGCCAUCGAGAAGCUAAGCGGGCAUCAGUUUGAGAACUACUCCUUCAAGAUUUCCUACAUCCCGGAUGAAGAGGUGAGCUCCCCUUCGCCCCCACAGCGAGCCCAGCGUGGGGACCACUCUUCCCGGGAGCAAGGCCACGCCCCUGGGGGCUCUUCUCAGGCCAGACAGAUUGAUUUCCCGCUGCGGAUCCUGGUCCCCACCCAGUUUGUUGGUGCCAUCAUCGGAAAGGAGGGCUUGACCAUAAAGAACAUCACUAAGCAGACCCAGUCCCGGGUAGACAUCCAUAGAAAGGAGAACUCUGGGGCUGCAGAGAAGCCCGUCACCAUCCAUGCCACCCCAGAGGGGACCUCUGAAGCCUGCCGCAUGAUUCUUGAAAUCAUGCAGAAAGAGGCUGAUGAGACCAAAUUAGCCGAAGAGAUUCCUCUGAAGAUCUUGGCCCACAAUGGCUUAGUUGGAAGACUUAUUGGAAAAGAAGGCAGAAAUUUGAAGAAAAUUGAACAUGAGACAGGGACCAAGAUAACAAUCUCAUCCUUGCAGGAUUUGAGCAUAUACAACCCUGAAAGAACCAUCACUGUGAAGGGCACAGUCGAGGCCUGUGCCAAUGCAGAGGUAGAGAUUAUGAAGAAGCUCCGUGAGGCCUUUGAAAAUGAUAUGCUGGCUGUUAAUCAACAAGCCAAUCUGAUCCCGGGGUUGAACCUCAGCGCACUUGGCAUCUUUUCAACAGGACUGUCCGUGCUGCCUCCACCAACAGGGCCCCGAGGAGCUCCCCCCGCUCCCCCUUACCACCCUUUCGCUACUCACUCCGGAUACUUCUCCAGCUUGUACCCCCCUCACCAGUUUGGGCCGUUCCCGCAUCACCACUCCUACCCAGAGCAGGAGAUUGUGAAUCUCUUCAUCCCGACCCAGGCUGUAGGUGCCAUCAUUGGGAAGAAGGGGGCGCACAUUAAACAGCUGGCUCGAUUCGCUGGGGCCUCCAUCAAGAUUGCCCCGGCGGAAGGCCCAGAUGUCAGCGAAAGAAUGGUCAUCAUCACCGGCCCACCUGAAGCCCAGUUCAAGGCCCAGGGGCGGAUCUUUGGGAAACUGAAGGAAGAAAACUUCUUUAACCCCAAAGAAGAGGUGAAGCUGGAAGCGCACAUCAGAGUGCCCUCUUCUACAGCUGGCCGGGUGAUCGGCAAGGGCGGCAAAACCGUGAACGAACUGCAGAACUUAACCAGUGCAGAAGUCAUCGUGCCUCGUGACCAAACGCCGGAUGAAAAUGAGGAAGUGAUCGUCAGAAUUAUCGGGCACUUCUUUGCUAGCCAGGCACCCAACCCCACUGUCUCCUAGUCGCCCUUCCCUGGCAGACCGUGUGGACACAUGACUGAGCACGAGAUCCGGGCCACUGCUACCCUGGCCCAUUGAAAACUACCUCCACGACCUCCCCCCAUGGGCUCUCUGCUGGCUGGCCAGACCUUAAGGAUUGCAAUAAGGGGGUUGGCAACCCUUUUCUGUAAAUAGUAAAUAUUUGAGGCUUUGUAGAUAAGACUAUGAGGUGACACACACGAUGCUACCUAUCCCUGAGAAGGGAAAUUUGGUGAAUUACAUAUGCUAGGUAUUUGACCCAGCAAUUCCACUUCUAGGAAUCUAUCCCAAAGAGAGGUCAGCGAAAACAGAAAAUGACAUGAGCAAGGCACCUGCAUUGCAGCAUUAUUUGUACCAAAAAAAGAUUGAUAGCCUAAACAUCCAUCAUGAGGGGACUGGUAAUGAGGCACAGCCUCCUGAAACAAUGGAUUAUUAUGAAGCUAUAAAAAAAGAAUGAGGGGUAACUUAGUUUGUAAAAUAAAUUGAAGUUUUUUGAAAAAUCAAGCAUGUGGUUUUUUUUUUUUUAAUGUUUUAUUGGUUUUGAGAGAGAGUGAGAGACCGUGCUAGCAGGGGAAGGGCAGAGAGAGGUGGGGGAGAGAGAAUCCCAAGCAGGAUCCGUGCUGUCAGCGCAGAGCCUGCUGUGGGGCUCAAACUCAUGGGAACUGUGAGCCAAAAUCAAGAACUGGACGCUUAACCACCCCAAGCAUAAGUAUUUUUAACAUGGUAUUUUUCCUAGUGUAAAAAAGAAUUAUGAAUGCAUAUAUGUCUAGCUAUAUUUUCAAAAAAACGAAGAUUAAGAGAUGACAGGUUAUCUAAAGGCACCUGGGUGGCUCAGUCAAUUAAGCAUCUGACUCUUGAUCUCAGCUCAGAUCUUGAUCUCAGGGUCAUGAGUUCAAGCCCCAUGUUGGGCUCUGUGCUGGGCAUGAGGCCUACUUAAAGAAAAGAAAGCUUACGAGUUAUCUCGACAAGGAAAGUGAACGGGGUGAAGCAAGUAAACUGUGAAUGUAUCUUACAAAGUUUUGCUCUUGGACUAAUGUUUGUUUUACAUAAUUAAAAAACAAAGCAAAAAGCAAUCUCUCAACACCAAGAACGAAUUAAUCCAACUGUGUAUCAAGUUGAUGGCAUAAUUACUGGAAGAAAAAAGUAAGUGAUUUUAAGAGGGUAUUUUCACCGUGAAUCUCUAGUGAGACAUGGCCUAAAAAUAAAAGAAUUGCAAAGAAAUCUUAAGCUGUAUUUAGUGAUCUAGUUAGUUGUUAUGCUGGUAUUGAUAUUUUGAAAUUAUUUAAGUAUACCACGGGGUAAAACAAUUAUGGUUGAUGUUGUUAGCAACCAAGAUUUUCAAGAUUACAAUAUAAAAUCAAGAAAAAUCUGAUACUCUUACCUUGGAAUUGGAAAUCAGUAGAACAUUUUUUCCCUUUGAAGAAAAAGUAAAGGCCUAGAGACACAAGUUAACCCAGUAGUAAUCAGCAUUAAUAGUGCCCAAAUUCUGGUCUCUAACAUUUCUCACUAAAAGAAAUCCUUCAAUAAAUGGCCAAUUCCAGGUCUGGAGCAGGAGAUGUGUAAGAUGAGCCUUUAUCAUACCAGUUAAGCAAAAAAGCCAUCACAAUCAGGCUUGUGGGACUCUGUCACAAGGACACGGAAACCUAAAAUAAGGCAAUUUGAACAUCAAAGAGUAGUAAUGAGUCAAAACAUACAUUCUUUCCUGUAUGAGAUGCAUCUCAGGGUAACCAAAUAGUUAAUAAGUUUCUUUUACAGAAGAAUUCAAGAAUUCGGUGAACACAGAGGCAAUGAUAGAAUUUGAAAAGUACCAUUUUGGGCCUCUUCAAGAAAUAAUGGGUCGUCAAUUAAAUUUAAAACCAAGACGAGAAAGACAGAUAGGAACCCUUACAGCCUGACCUCACAGCUCACAAUCUUAGCACCACUAAGCACCAGACAUUUUGUGCCACAAGAUUCAGUACAACAGGACACUAAUGAAGUGUCCUUAUCCAAUUCAACCUGAAUCCAAUCAGGCCUCUAGAUUAAACUUAACCAGUUUAUAUGAAAUACAAGUGCUUGGAGGAAAUUGUUAAACACCACCAAGGAGCUAGAAGCCAAAUCUGGAAUGUGGGAUCUUCCACAGGAAAACCCAGUUUCUCUAAUAAAUAAUAGUACAAGGAGGGAGAAUAUUGUUGAAUAAGAGUCUCAAGAGCUAUCAUAAUCAAAGACAAUGUAUACAUCUUAUCUGGAACCUUCAUUAGAUUUCUGAUACCACUGUAAGUACCACAAAUCUAUUCUCUCACAGUUCUGGGGCCAGAAGUCCAAAAGGUAGGUGUCAGCAGGGCAUUGUUCUGUGGAAAGCUCUUCCAGCUUUGGUGGCUCCAGGCUUCCUUGGCUUGUGGUAGCAUCACCUCAGUCUCUAGAGGCUUCUGUAGUCUUAUUGCCUUUUUUUUUUUCCCUUAAGCUCCAAAAACAGGUUUACAAAGUAAAACUAACAGCCUAUCCAGACCACCAUUAUUAACACUUGGUAUCUUUUUCCAGAUUUUGUUUUAGAGAUGUGUAAACAAUUUGUUCCCACAAAAGUGGGCAUAAAAUAUAAACACUGCCUAGGCCCAUCUUAAUACCUCUUCUUCUGUCUCAAAACGCAGUCUCUUGGGGUGCCUGGGUAGUUUAAUUGGUUAAGCAUCUGACUUUGGCUCAGGUCAUGAUCUCUUGUGAGUUCGAGCCCCGCGUCAGGCUCUUUGCUGACAGCUCGGAGCCUGGAGCCUGCUUCAGAUUCUGUGUCUCCCUCUCUCUGCCCCUCCCCUGCUUGUGUUCUCUCUCUCAAAAAUAAACAUUCAAAAAUCAAAAAACAAAAAACUCAAUCUCUUAUAAACCCUCUGAUUGCACUUAGGACCCACCCAGAUAAUCCAAGAUAAAUUCCUUUUCUCAAGUCCUUUAACUUAGUCAUCUUUUGCCACAGAAGGUAAUAUUCACAGGUUCCAAGGAUUAGGAUAUGGGCCUAUCAUUUGGGGGAACACCAUUCAGCCCACUGUAUAUCCUCAUUAGAAGAACAUAAUAAAACAUUUGUUAAAGGAUCAGGAAAAUUUGAAUAUGAACUGAGUAUUAGAUGAUAUUAGCAAAUCCUUAUUUUGUUAGAUGUGAAAAUGACACAGUUUUUUGUUUUUAUUUUUUUUUAAUUAUUAGGGAGACAUCCUUAAGUGGUUAGGUACAAUGAGAUGUUAGGGUUUUGCUUUAAAAUACUCCAGACUCUUCCCUCCCCUAUGAAAAAGUAAAUCAAGAUUAGUCAUAUUUUAGUAAUUGCUGAAAAAGGGGUGAUGACUGUGUAGGUCUUAGGAUUCCGGUAGUAAAAAGUUUUUUGUAAAGUAGUUGGAAAAAACGUAAAAUUGUCCACUAAAAUUAGACAGUAAAUGUCUCAGAAUGAACUUAUCCAGAAGAUCUACACAUGAAAAAUAUUACAAGACUUAAAUGAGUGGAGGGGCAACUGGGUGACUCAGUCCGUUAAGCCUUUGAUUCUUGAUUUCAGCUCAGGUCAUGAUCUCAUGGUUUGUGGGAUCGAGCCCUAUUUUGGGCUCUGUGCUGACAAUGUGAAGCCUGCUUGCAAUUCUCUCUCUCCCUCUCUCUCCGCCCCUGCCCUGCUCGCGCUUUCAAAAUAAACUAAAAAAAAAAAAAAAAAAAAAUCAGUGGAGACACAGAUCAUCAUCUUGUGCAAGCAGAAAUAAGUCAAAACACCAACAGGUGCCUUUUUAAAAUACUCCUAACCUUAACUCCAAAAUUUUAAUUAGGAAUUUCUCCUAAGAGAAUAACCCACACAUGGUGCCAGAUGGUGCAACAAUACUGGAUAAAGUAAAUUAUGUUAUAGCCAUAUUCUAGAACACUAUGCAGCAACUAAAUGAUGUCAAUAUUUAUUGACCUGAAAAUAUGUUCAAGAUAAAUUAAGUAGAAAAGGGGUUAUAUAGCCAUAUAGAGUAUGAUUCCAUUAUUUGUUAAUAAAAUAUACGUGUGAACAUGUACAACUCACACCCUUAUUUACACAUAUCAGAAGGGGAAAUAUACCAAAGGCCAGGAUAUAUACCCAAAUGUUAAUAUUCAGUUAUUAACUCUGAAUGGUGAGUUUGCAGAAUUCUUAUUCUUUACCUUUUAUCAGCACUUCAUUUUUCUAUGAACACCUAUUACUGAUACAAUUAAAGAAAAAUAAAAGUGUGGCUACAGACUUUAUGAUCACCAUAUGCCCUAAAGAGGCAGUGGGGGGUGGGGGAGACAGUGCUUCCCUUGCCAAUGUAUUGUUGAAAGUUCUAAGAACUUUGUAUUACUUCUCCUAGCACUUUCCAAAAUGUGUUCCAUAGAACAGUUCCACAGGUGUCACACAAAGAAGGGUUCAAAGUCCAAGUUUUCAGAAAUGUGAGGUUAAGACAUUAAUCUGUUGUUUGCUAGGCAUUCCAGGAGGAAAAGACAUGGGUCACACACAUUCUUUGGGCCACAGAACCUCUUCUUUUACAUCCUACAUAGUAGUAAUAGGACUUGUAUUUAACAUAUUUUAGGAAAUGCCAACGUACAAACCUGAAGAAAAAGGACUAUUUACAUACUUACAUUGAGAAUCUAAAAGCUUCUGGCCCAUUUUUCCUAGACUUAGAUUGAUUCAUCUCAAAAUAGUUCCAAACUUAUCAUAUUUUUGUGGUCUCAAGCUUUAUAGUUUUAAAUAUAAUUUGCAUCCUGCCGUCAGGUGAUUUAGAGCCAUGUUUUUUAAACUGGAUUUCUACCAGGUGUUGAGAAAUCAGCUUGGUGGUCACAAACUACACUUUUUUAAAAACUGAAAUAAAACUCAAGAGUUUAGUAAGGGUAAUGUUUUUGUGAAACUUUUGUGUCCACAUAUAAUCACAUAAAAUAUAUAUAUAUAUAAAAUCACAUAAAUAUAUAUAUAUAAUCACAUAAAUAAAUAAAUACACACACACACACACACACACACGUGUGUGUGUACUGGUCACAAUAAAAAAUGCCAAAAAAUUUUUUGCCUUAAAAAAAAUUGAAAGCCACUGAAUUAAAGACAUGAAUUUAUUGGUAAAUAAGUUAAAAUCAACACCUAUUGAUUUGAUAAAAUACUUAUUCAUCUAUUGGUAAAUAGAUAAAAUCAAUACCUAUUUCAAUACACCCAAACAUUUCCUUGUAUAUGUUAGGUGAAUUAAAAGAAAAAGAAGUUAUCAAAGCAGUAUAGCCAGCUAGAUCCCAGACUUACAAACAAGUACCAAAAGUGUGUUUGAAUAUUAGGUGCUUAGAGUUUUUCCUCAAAGUAACUAGAGAUCAGGUUUCCAAUUAGUU